CCCGGAAACGGAAACAUUGAAGUUGGAGGCCGGGGGAGUUGUCGGUGUAUUUUGAACUGCGGUGAGGGAAGGGAGCGCUCGAGGACGAGGCGCGCGGCAAACUGGUUGUAAAGAUGUCUUCCGAGGCCAACUAUGCUUUGCUUCAUACUGGGCAAAAGCUGCCUCUUGUUGGAUUGGGUACUUGGAAAAGUGACGCUGGACAGGUGAAGGAGGCAGUAAAAUAUGCCCUUAGUGCUGGAUAUCACCACAUUGACUGUGCUACUGCUUACAGCAAUGAAGCAGAGAUAGGUGAUGCUCUCCAAGAGAUGGUUGGAAAUGACAAGGCCAUUAAGAGGGAAGAGCUGUUUGUGACUUCCAAGUUAUGGAACACCAAGCACCACCCAGAAGAUGUGGAGCCAGCUCUAAAGAAGACCCUGGAAGAUCUAAAACUGGAGUACCUGGAUCUUUACCUCAUGCACUGGCCACAUGCCUUCGAACGGGGGGACAACCUCUUCCCCAAGAAUCCUGAUGGCACAAUGCGUUAUGACUACAUUGACUACAAAGAAACUUGGAAGGCGAUGGAGAAGCUAGUGGAAAAGGGUCUGGUGAAAGCCAUUGGGUUAUCAAACUUCAAUAGCCGUCAAAUUGAUGAUAUCCUUGGCAUAGCUUCUGUAAAGCCAGCUGUGCUACAGGUGGAAUGUCACCCUUACCUUGCCCAGAAUGAACUGAUAGCUCACUGCCAUCAGAAAGGGCUGGUGGUAACUGCUUAUAGCCCUCUUGGUUCCCCUGACCGGAUGUGGAAGCACCCAGAUGAACCUGUGUUGCUGGAAGAACCUGGGAUAAAAAAGCUAGCUGAAAAAUACAGCAAAUCUCCUGCGCAGAUUCUUCUCAGAUGGCAAGUACAGCGCAAAGUGGUAGUCAUUCCCAAGAGCGUUACUCCUGCUCGCAUACUCCAGAAUCUCCAGGUGUUUGACUUCAACCUGACAGCGGAAGAGAUGAGCUUUAUUGGGAGCCUGAAUAAGAACUGGCGAUAUAUUGUUCCAAUGGUUACGGUCGAGGGCAAACUUGUUGCAAGGGAUGCUGGACACCCCCUCUAUCCUUUCAAUGAUCCCUAUUAACUCCAGUAGUUUAGAAGACAGAAGAUAGAAUUUCCACUCAAGACUGCCAUGGGUUAUUAGACUUAAAAAACAUUUCUGGUGUUAUUAUGAUUAUUUUUGUGUGUGGCCUUUAUUUGUUUCUACAUGUUUAUAAAGAAAUGAAUGACAGGAAUAGAGAUAAAUUGCAAGAGACAUGUGUAAGCAUUAAAAAUAAAUGCACAAGUUUGUAAGUCC